CACUGCCUGCACCAUGCAGCUGGAGAGUUCUGCGAACAGUGCGCCCCUGGCUACUACGGAGAUGCCACCGCUGGGACCCCCGAGGACUGCCAGCCAUGCGCUUGCCCAUUGCCAGAUCCUGAGAACCAAUUCUCGCGGACGUGCGAGAGCCUGGAGGGCGGUGGCUACCGCUGCACUGCCUGCGAACCUGGUUACGCUGGCCAGUAUUGCGAACAAUGUGCCUCUGGAUACACGGGCAACCCAAACAUCCAUGGGCAGAAAUGUCUUCCUUUGGGACCCCCCGAGCAGCCCCGCCUGGUCGUCCGAAUCCAUCCCUCCCGGACGGCUGUGUCCCAGGGCAGCGAAGUGACGCUGCGGUGCCAGGUCAGUGGGGAGCCGCCCCAUUUCUUCUAUUGGUCCCGUGAAGAUGGGCGUCCCGUGCCAAGUACUGCCCAGCGCAGGGAGCAAGGCGUCGAGUUGCACUUCGCUAGCAUCCGGCCUUCGGAGGCCGGUGUUUACGUCUGCACCUGCCGAAACCCCCACUUUACCAACUCCAGCCGCAGCGAGGUAGUCGUCACAGAAGGCCCCAGCAAGGCCAUCUCCGUGACGGUGGAAGAGCAGAGGGUGCAGAACGUGAAAGCCGGCAGCGACGUCACCUUCCUCUGCACGGCCAGGAGCAAGUCCCCCGCUUACACGCUGGUGUGGACACGGCAGAACAACGGGAAGCUGCCCAGCCGCGCCAUGGACUUCAACGGCAUCCUGACCCUCCGGAACGUGCAGCCGGAGGACGCCGGCAUCUACAUCUGUACAGGCUCCAACAUGUUUGACAUGGACGAGGGGAUGGCCACCCUCUACGUGCAAGCUCCAUCGAAGACUCAGAUGUUCUAUGGUCCCGUAGAAAUGGUGGAAGGCCACAGACCUU